GUUAUAUUCGGGUUUAACUAGAUGCAUUCCAUCAUGUGGAUUUCGUUAUCUGUCUUGUUUUCUUGUGUGUUUUGUAUAAAUGGGGUGAAUGUCACACUACUCAACAUCAAACCUGUGUUAAAAGGGGCAUUUAUGUUGGUACUGUGUCGUGUAUAUACAGGUGAACAUUUGAACGCCACAAUACAGUUUAUUCGGAAUUCGGAUAUUGGCAAUAUCACCAUGUGCUCUUGUCAACAGACCGGAGCAAACUGUAUGUGUGACAAUUCACGACAGAGAGACUACCUAUGUGCGUGCAGUGCUAACACGAAUAAAGCGGCCAGUAUCUUCAAGGAUUAUACGAUCACGAAAUACAACACCAGUGAUCAGGACACGGGAUUCUGGUUCUGCGGGUCAGAAAAUCACGGAUGGAGCAAACCAAAAGUGGCAGUUAUUUUGAAGAAUCCUGGUCUCUCAUUUUACCCCCAGCCGGCUGUGAUGACGCAGCCACUCACACUCGUAUGCACUUUAGUCGAUCAAGCUUUUGAACACGACAUCACAUUUAAACGUGAUAUGGCGGAGAUCUGUACAUGCAGAACUGAAACAAAACGCUGUGUGGUGCACGAAUCUUCAGCAGAACAUUACAACUGCACGCAUACGUAUCCCUUUGUACGGAGGCGGACAGCAACCUAUGAGUUGACAAUGGAAUCUUUUACAGCCAGCGACUCGGCACGAUGGUCAUGUUGCAGCAACUACGGUGAAAACAAUUGCAGCAAUGUCGUCCAGCUUUAUCCAAACCCAACGACAGACAGAACGGUGUGGCAGAAAUCAGUCUCUCCUACGUACUCCUAUUGCACUACUAUCUCAGCAACAUGGACUACGAUCGGCACAACAAAGAAAACCGAACACAAAGAUGGCGAAUCAGGCUUAGGUUCGGCAAAAGAAUCUCGGUCAAACCAAGUUCUUAGUCUGUCAUUUCCAAGCGUCGUUGGCGUUUUGUUUUACAGGUUAAGCCUGUAAUCUCGUCCAUCGUUUGGAGGAUGAAAACAACUGAUUGAAAAUUUCCCUGAUGAAGCCCGAACAGGCGAACAUUUGAAUUAAAGAGGGAUAUUUGACUUUUAAAGGAGGCUUCUGACUUUUUCGUUAUAUAAAAUAUAUUAUCUCAAGCCCCCUUGCUACUUUAGAGAAGAGGUACCAGCAACACAGAAUGAUUUUCUAUUCGUAUAUAUAUAUAUAUAUAUAUAUGUAUUUAUAUGUAUAUAUAUAUAACUUUAUUAAAGAUAUGUCAGUGUUUCUACUGAAAGAUACACUACUUGUAAAUUAUAAUUAGUUUUCCUGUAAAACAGUCUGUCAAAUAUCUCCAGAAAGCGAACUAUAUAUACUAUAUUGUAUAUAAUGUUUGGCAUUGAAUUUGGAAAUGCACAAUGACAUAUGCAUAACUUUAAUUAUGCUCCUUUUUAUUCAUUCUAGUGGUUUCAUUAAGGAAAACAAAAUAUUUUUUAUUUAUUUGAAAAUCCAAUGUGACCUCAGAGUGGUUAUUUGAAUAUCAUCUGCAUAUUGAUAAAACAAAAGUUUGCUAUCUUUAUGGGUACUCAGUCAAGAUUAUCUGUACACUUUACAUUUUCGUGACUGAUUAUCAAGGAGACCAUUCUGUAUGCCCAGUAGCAACACACCACACAGAAUGUUGUUGACAUUUCACUUGUGUGUGGCAUUUUGAUGCAUACAGAUUAAACCAUGUACAUCAUUCUU